AGAGAGUUAAAUGAUUUUGUUGUAAUAUUAUUGUAUUUUAUUUUUAGAGCCAAAUUUAAAUUUAAGAGUGAGGAUUUAUUUUUGUCCCUUUCAAAACAUGGGCAAAAUUUAAAUGAGACACUAAAGUGAAACAUGGAGUAGUAUAUCAUACGAUCAUUGUUGUAUUACUCAGUUCAUAGAAAUAUAUACAAUUUUUUUUCCCAUAACAUAGAUAAGUAAGAUUAUCAGGGUUCGGAUCCCGCCUUCCUACAUAUGUAAUACAAUGUUUCUGUCAACUGAACUAAACUGGACACAGAGUCAGAAUUCUAACCACAGAUUCUUUGCUAAUUGAUCUCACCUCACCUUCACAAAAUCACACAUUAAUACACUUUAUCCUUCUCUAUAAAACCACACAAAUCCUCUAGCAUUUUUUCAUCACAUCUGCACAAACAUGGCAAAACCAAAACCAAUUUCUCUAUUAUUUUCUUUAUCAUUUUUUCUUCUUAGUCUCUCUUCAUCUUUAGCAGCACCAAAAUCAAAAACAGAUUCUUUAUACAACACUUUACUUCACUGCCUCACACAAAACACAAAAGAUUCAUCAAUCUCCAACAUCAUCUUCUCCCAAACAAACCCUUCAUUUCCAAUUGUCCUUAAAAAUUACAUAAGAAACGCACGUUUCAACACAACCUCAACUUCAAAACCAUUAAUCAUAGUAACUCCAAAACAACCAUCACAUGUUCAAGCAACAGUUAUAUGUGCCAAAAACAUCAACAUUCAAAUCAAAAUCAGAAGUGGUGGACAUGAUUAUGAAGGAAUUUCUUAUGUUAAUCAAUCACCUUUUAUCAUUCUUGAUAUGUUCAAUCUAAGAACAAUCAAUGUUGAUAUCAAAAAUGAAGUUGCUUAUAUUCAAGCUGGUUCAACACUUGGUGAAGUUUACUAUAGAAUUUAUGAAAAGAGUAAAGUUCAUGGCUUUCCAGCUGGUGUUUGUCCAACUGUUGGUGUUGGUGGUCAUGUCAGUGGUGGAGGGUACGGUACAAUGUUGCGAAAAUAUGGUCUUUCUGUUGAUAAUGUUAUUGAUGCCGAAAUUGUUGAUGUUAAAGGCAGGCUUUUGAAUAGGAAAUCGAUGGGAGAAGAUCUUUUUUGGGCUAUACGAGGUAGUGGUGGUGCGAGUUUCGGUGUUGUUUUGUCUUAUACUAUUAAAUUAGUAACGGUUCCUGAAACCGUUACUGUUUUUCGUAUUGAGAAAACUUUGGAUCAGAAUGCUACUGAUUUAGUUAUUCAAUGGCAACAAGUUGCGCCGACUACUGAUGAUAGGAUUUAUAUGAGGCUACUUUUGCAGCCUAUAACUUCUAAGGUUGUCAAAGGAACAAAAACCGUUAGAGCUUCUGUUGUUGCUUUGUUUCUCGGUCGCGCUGACGAGGUGGUAAAGAUUUUGGGGAAGAACUUUCCACUUUUGGGUUUAAAGAAAAAGGAUUGUAUUGAGUUGAGUUGGAUUAAUUCCGUCCUUUGGUAUAAUAAUGCUGAAGCUUUUACUAAUGGCGCGAAACCGGAGAAUCUUUUGGAUAGGAAUCUUAAUUCGGCAAGUUGGGGCAAGAGAAAAUCCGAUUAUGUGCAAAAACCUAUUUCAAAAGACGCGUUAGAAUUGAUAUGGAAAAAGAUGAUUGCUUUAGGAAAAGUUGGAUUUGUUUUCAACCCUUAUGGUGGAAAAAUGACUCAAUUUUCGUCCGAUGCAACGCCAUUUCCUCACCGCGGGAAUUUGUUCAAAAUUCAGUAUUCAGUGAAUUGGCAUGAUCCAUUGCCUAGUUCAGAAUUGAAUUACUUAAAUCAAGCUAAGAGUCUUUAUAGUUUCAUGACACCUUUUGUGGCAAAGAAUCCAAGAAGUGCUUAUAUAAAUUAUAGAGACCUUGAUAUUGGUAUUAAUAGUUUUGGUAAGAAUAGUUAUCAAGAAGGUAAAGUUUAUGGUGCUAAGUACUUUGGUAAUAAUUUUGAUAGGUUGGUUAAGAUUAAAACUACGGUUGAUCCUAGUAAUUUUUUUAGAAAUGAACAGAGUAUUCCUGUGCUUUCUAAAAAGACUUAGAUUAGAGAAUGAAUUGUAUUGAAAGCAUGUUUUGCUUUACUAACUCUGUUUACUAUUUUGAUUUCUAAAUAAAAUUAAUGUAUGUCCUUUAUAAUUAA